AUGAAUAUUGGUAAAAACGGAAUAGUGGAAAUUGAUGUUGAGGCGAUGGCAGAUUUCAUGGAUUUCACCUGCUUACAGCGUAUCGUAAUGCGCGAAAACAAUUUCUUAUUACCGUUUCCAAAAUUCCUGUUUGAUGUAUUUAAACUUUUUACACAGGCUGUAAAUCUGUAUGAGGUAGAUUAUUCCUACAUCGCUAUUCAGUUCUCGGAUGUUGACAAUCAGUCCCCAGACGUCUUUGGAAACAAUAAUAAUCGAUAUACUGAUGUCUCUCCUGCGGAAGCAUCACAGCGUUUAUCUACGAGCGAGGAACACCGAUGUACGAUUCCAGUAAUAUCACAGCACUUGAGUCACAUCCGUGUAUCUCAUCUUUUAUUUCCGUUCUUCUUCCGUUGUGAUAUUGAUGUUUCGAUGGCAAAAAGCUUGACCUUUUUGGAUUUUUCUUACACGGGUAUUUUAAACAUGGACUUUAAACUUAUAGGUGCUAACCUUUCGUAUCUUGACGUUUCCGGAAUAGACUUCUCAACCUCGGGCAGAAGAUUAUUAGGGAAUCUUACAAGUGUAGAGCAUUUAGUGAUCCGUGACGCCAAUCUAGAUAGAGCGUUCAACAACCGUAAUUUUAUUUUCAGAAAUAUGGGUCACAUUGAAAAGCUCGAUAUUUCCUCAAACCAUCUGAAUGACUUGCCAGAAGAAACCGUAGAGGGUCUUGAGAGUCUAAGGCAAAUACAACUGACCUUGAAUUUUCUCAGCCAUUUUCCUCGUGGAUUAUUUAAAAUGGCAAACUUGACCCACAUUGAUCUUAGAUUUAACAAAGUAUUAUUCCUCGAUAAGGCUGCGCGUGAUUGGUUGGAUGCUAGGAGCAAGAAGACUGGUAUAACUGUGUUAUUGGACGGGAAUCGUUUCACCUGUACGUGUGAUACAAUGGAGUUUGUUUCGUGGAUUAUAACAACAAAAGUCGAAUUUCAACACGGACAUCCACCAAACUACAACUGUACAUUAAAAGACGGCUCCAUUGCUAAUAUAAAACAUGUAUACGAUAACCUAGACGAUUUCUUCGGUGAUUGUAACGACCAUUUGUUCUGGUUACAAUUCUCUAUAUCAGCAAUUAGUUUACUAGUUUUAUCUCUCGUUUUAGCUGUUAUUGGUCACACAUUCAGAUGGAGAAUUCUAUACUUCUUUUACAGGAACUGUAAAACCAGCCCCGGCUUGGAGGAUGCAUCUUCCUAUAGUUUCGAUGUAUUUGUUGCAUACACUGCAACGGAUUCUCCCUGGAUUUGGCAACAGCUGAGGCCGAAACUAGAACUACAGCGAAAUAUACAACUUUGUCUGCACGAGCGCGAUUUUGAAGUCGGAGAAUCUAUUUCUCAGAACAUUGUGAACUGUUUACAAAAGAGCAAGAAGAUAUUAUUCGUGAUCUCGAAAGAGUAUAUAGCUGCUAGGUGGUGUGACUUCGAACUUGAAAUGGCAAAUAUGGAACGAGUACGGCGAGGGUGUACAAACUCUAUCAUCGUGGCCAUUAAAGGGGAAAUGCCAGUCGACGAUAUGCCUCGUCCGAUUAGGACAAUCUGGCAACAUGUCACAUGUAUCAUAUAUCCGCUUGAUGAGUCAGAUAGAGACGCUUUCGAACUGUUCUGGUGUCGAUUACAUCACAGCAUUACCUCUUAA